AUGAAGAUAAUCGAGGAGAAGGCACUCAAGUUUAUGUUCAUGGGCACAUCCACUCUUGAUGCCAAGGCAAAGGUGUAUGUCGAACUUUGUCGCGAUGAAAUGCUCAUGAGAAGCCUGAUGGGAGAAGGAAUGGGAGGUCCCAUGGGAGGAAUGGAAGUUGGCAUGGGAGGAGGAAUGGGAAGUGGAAUGGGAGGGUACAUGAACAUGAUGGGUGGUUCCAUGAAAGGUGCAUUUGGUGGACACAUGGGAGGUGGCUUUGGUGGCAACAUGGAUGGUGGCUUUGGAGGAAUGAGAGGUGGAAUGGAAAGUGGCUUCAGCGGCAACAUGACUGGCAUGGGAGGUGGCUUUGGCGGCAACAUGACCGGCAUGGGAGGUGGCUUCAGCGGCAACAUGAUAAGUGGCAUGGGAGGUGGCUUCGGUGGCAACAUGAUGAGUGACAUGGGAGAUGGCUUCGGUGGCAAUAUGACCGGCAUGGGAGAUGGCAAUGAAGGUGCUUCCGGUGGAGUUCGCGGCAACGAGACUUGA